UUCAGUUAUUAUUAAAUUAUUUAGACAUAAUUUCAAAUAUAGUUUAUUUAUAAAUAAACUAAAUAUGUUGUGUUUAAAGAGUUUAUUCAUUUCAUUGCUGGUAAUCCAGACAUUAGUUGAGUCUAAAUGGGUUAGUCCUGACAAUAGUACCGAUGGUUUAUUAAAUUCUCCAUAUCCUAAUGAUGAGGCCUAUACUUUUGUAUUGCUUGGCAUUACCGGUGAUUUGUCGCAAAAGAAGUUAAUGCCAACACUUUUUACACUAUAUAAGGAGGGAUUAUUGCCGAAAAACUUCCAGAUCGCGGGUUUCGCGCACUCGAAGUCAUCGGUUGAGGCCAUUAAGAAACUGGUGGACCCGUAUGUCGUCAACACCCUUAAGAAUGAACACGAGAGGCAACUGUACGAACAGUUCUGGAAGAUUGUGACCUAUAAUUCAGGUGACUCUCAAUCGGACAAAGACUUGGCACCCGUUACUGACAUUGUGAACAAGUUUGAAACCGGUAAAAAGAAAGGACACCGAUUGGUGUAUUUCGCUCUUCCCGCGUAUCUCUUUGCCAAAACUGCGGCUGCAGUCAAAACCACCCUUUACUCUAAAACUGGUUGGACUCGACUAGUGAUUGAAAAGCCGUUUGGAAAAGACAGCGAGUCUUCAAAGGAGUUGUCGGACGCGCUGUCACUGAUUUGGACAGAGAAAGAGAUCUAUCGGAUUGACCAC